AUGUCCGGAAAAAGUGGAAAAUCAAAACGGAUCGAAAAAGUGAAAUCACGCUCGUCGCGAGCUGGACUUCAGUUUCCUGUCGGACGAAUUCAUCGCCUUCUUCGCAAAGGAAACUAUUCUCAAAGAGUCGGAGCAGGGGCACCGGUGUAUCUGGCCGCGGUUCUUGAAUAUCUCGUUGCCGAAAUUCUCGAACUAGCUGGAAACGCGGCACGCGACAAUAAGAAGACUCGCGUCAAUCCACGGCAUGUUCAGUUAGCUGUAAGGAAUGAUGAAGAGCUGAAUAAACUGCUUGCCGGGGUAACAAUUGCACAAGGUGGAGUUCUUCCGAAUAUCCAAUCCACACUUUUGCCAAAGGCCGACAAACUGGAAUGA